AUGUUAUUAAUAUCCUUCUUAAUCCAUUUACUAUUCACAUUAUUACAGUGCUAUGCAGUUGAAGAUAAACACCCAACCAUAAGAGAUGUAGACUUUAGAAAAAUUCAUUCUCCUGAUCCCCCAGUGACCCACCACGUUCUCAUGGGUAUAGUUUACUAUGACAGUACGGAAUCAAAAUAUACAGUCACUGAACUAAUUAUGGACUUAUACGGUACAACGGCUCCAUAUGCAGUGGAAAAUUUUGUCGCAUUAGCAAGAGGUUUCAAAGUUUCGAUGGAUCCGAAAAGUCCUCAAGAUACAAUAGAUUUAGGUUAUAAACGUAGUUUAAUCGAUCGUAUAUUCCCAAAUGACAGAAUUAUUGGAGGUGACGUUUUGCCUGGCUUGGCACCAUAUUCUGUAUUCGGUCCCAACUUCGCCGAUGAACCUUUCUUCUUAAAACACGAUAGACCAGGCAGAUUGUCUCUAUUGAACAAGGGCGAGCCAGAUUCAAAUGACUCAAACUUUUUCAUCACGAUGAAGCCAGAAGGAUCGCCAGAAUAUGAUGACAAACAUGUCGUCUUUGGACAAAUAAUUAUGGGAUUAGAUAACCUCUUAGAGCGGAUCCAAAAUGUUAAGAUCAAUGAUGAAGGUGUUCCUGCUAAGAAAGUUGCCAUUAGUCAUAUGAUUGUCGAUGAAGUCGAAAUUCCAGACAAAGAUGAAAAACAUCGAGAAUAUCUCGAAAGAUUAGCCAAAUUCAAUGAAGGCGACCUUUCGGUAGGCACCGCAUUGGUUCCUACAGCAACUCAAAUGAGGGAUGCCAAGAAUUUAGAAGACGAGAGCUUCGCUCUUUUGAACCAUCCUGCAACUAGUGUUAGCAUAGGUAUAAUUGGAUUAUUACUCUGCUAUGCAUUAAUGAAAUUUAGAAGACAAUUGCUUAUACAUUCAAAGAAAAUUGUAUCCUUUAGAAAUGACUGA